CGGAGGCUGCGACCGGCCGGGUAUUCACUCAGUCGGAUGCAACAGUAUCUCCCAAUCCGAGCAGCCUGCGCGGCCAUUGGCGGCAGGUCUGCUCCCUAAAAGGCACGAGUUUGCCAAUCUCUGCUCUCUGUCAGGUCCUGGAAAGCCUGAAUCCCGGACUGAUGGUCCGCACAUGUCCACUGGGAGGGAGGAGACAGCCAAAGGCAGGGACACUACACUCGGGAGGAUUUAGUUUCCAGUUGAAUCUCCCUCUCCUUUCAUUUUAUCUAUUCAAAGAAAAACUGCAUGUACAGAUAAAAUAUUACACAUAUUCAUACACGCACGGACGAGCAGAAGGAAAUUAUUUUUUUCUUUUUAUAUAGAUUCAGAAAUUGUUCUUACGGAUUUGGGGAUUUUUUUUUUCUGCUUUGCUUUACUGGCCUAUCCUCUGCGUCUUUGCUCUCUCCUCCUCCCUCCUUAACUCAGCUCAGGUUGAAAGUUUGUGGGGCACGUUUCCUUCGCCCCCUUCAGGGAUGGCUCUGAGCUCUCGCGCGCACGCCUUCUCUGUGGAAGCUCUGAUGGGGAGAACCAGCAAAAGAAAACUGCAAGAUCCAAGAGUGAAGGCGCAGGAUGAAUUACAGGAGAAAGAGGACAGACAGAAACUGGAAAAGAGAAAGAGCAGCCCUGCGGGGAAGAGCGAGCAACCCGCAGAAAAGCGACCCAAGACAGAGCUUUCAACUGCUCUUUCUGGCUGUGGAGGCGGCGCUGGCGGCGGCGGCGACGACAACAGCCGCGAAAGUCUGGAAGAGAAAGAUGUUAUCCACGUGGAACUCCAAGGAUCCGAGCUGUGGAAGCGAUUCCAUGACAUUGGGACUGAGAUGAUCAUUACCAAGGCGGGCAGGAGAAUGUUCCCCUCUGUCCGGGUCAAGGUGAAAGGACUGGAUCCAGGGAAGCAGUAUUACAUCGCGAUUGAUGUGGUUCCGGUUGAUUCUAAGCGCUACAGGUACGUGUAUCACAGCUCACAGUGGAUGGUGGCAGGGAAUACAGACCACUCCUGCAUCACUCCCAGAUUCUAUAUCCAUCCGGACUCUCCCUGCUCCGGAGAGACCUGGAUGCGACAGAUCAUCAGUUUUGAUCGGGUGAAACUCACCAACAACGAAAUGGACGACAAAGGCCACAUCAUUCUGCAGUCCAUGCAUAAGUACAAGCCUCGUGUGCAUGUGAUGGAGCAAGACAGCAAGACUGACCUGUCCCGGAUUCAGUCCUUGCCCGUGGAAGGGAUUAAAACUUUCUCCUUUAAAGAAACAGAAUUCACCACAGUGACAGCUUACCAAAACCAACAGAUCACCAAGCUGAAAAUCGACAGGAAUCCUUUUGCUAAAGGAUUUAGAGAUCCUGGAAGAAACAGGGGUGUGUUGGAUGGGCUUUUAGAAAACUACCCAUGGAGGCCUUCUCUCAUUCUGGAUUUGAAAACCUAUGGUGCAGAUACACAAAGUGGAAGCAGCGGCUCCUCUCCAGUGACAUCAAGUGGAGGGGCUCCUUCUCCUUUGAAUUCCUUACUUUCUCCACCUUGCUCUCCACCUACCUUUCACUUACCUACGAGCUCCUUUGGAAUGCCCUGUCCGGAGACAUACCUGCACAAUAUCAACUUGCCCCUUUGCUACAAGAUUUGUCCAGCUAAUUUUUGGCGACAGCAACCUCUUUUCUUACCUGCUACUGAAAGGCUAGCAAGCAGCAACAGUUCUCAGUCUUUAGCUCCAUUCAUGAUGGAAGUGCCCAUGUUGUCUUCUCUGGGGGUUGCCAAUUCAAAAAGCAGUUCAACUGAAGACUUCAAUGGGCAAUGUCUUCAAACAUCUAAUUCUGCCAAUCAAGCGGUGUAUGGAUUACAGUCAACUGGAAACAUUUUCCCACCCAACUCCAUUGCCAGAGAAGCACUCAGUUGUUCUUUCCAUCCUCCCUAUGGCUUGUAUAGGUAUAACUACUCUAUGCCAUCUAGACUGGUAAAUGCUGCAAACCAUCUCAAAGUGAAUGACAACGGUCAAGUCUCUUUUAGAGAAAGCAGAUGUAAUCAUGUUCACUGGCAUCCAACAAUUAACCAUUGCCUUUAAUGAAACAAUUCAUAAUAGAGUUACACAUAGCGCAUAUUUGUAAACAAAUAAAGAUCACCUGCUGUUGAGCUUAAAAAUUUUCACAGCUAGACACGAUUGCUCUGCUAUGUAUUUAAAGUACCUUAUCUGUUCUCACGAAGUUGUUUAUACACUCAAAUGUGAUCUAUAAGAACCUCUGAUGACAGUGUCCUUGGGCCUCAAAAUAAGAAACUCAAUAAAUAUUGUUUUGAGAGAUAGCCUACCAGUGAGAAUUGAUGUCAGGUGAUGGGGUCUCCAAAUAUAAUGAGGCCAGUUUACCACGCCAACUAUCUUUUAUGCAUUGAUUAUGACCAAAAUAAAUAUGUCAUUUUUGCAGAAGCAGUGAAACAAUUUCAAUCUUAUUAAUGAAAAUUAACUCCAUUGUAAUUGUCUUUCUAAUAAUUGUAAAAGAAAAUUUAAUCAUCUGCUGUAUGCAUUUAUACUCUGCUGUUGAAGGAAAUAUUAGUUUCAAAGUGCAAAUAAGGAAGCAAACUUUAAGUAUUAUUUUUAUUAAUCUUUGUAGCCUAACAGCUAUUUAAUCCUGAAGGAAUACAAAGAACAAAA